AUGUUCCGCGGAAGAGGCAGAGGUGGCCAGUGGUCGGGUGGGAACCGGGGUCGAGGGGGUCAGAACAAUAAACAACGUCCACAGAACAACACGCAGAUUAUCAGUAACGUCAACAACACAAACAAGCCAAACCCAAUGAAAAGAGCAUCCAUGCCGUCGCCACAGAAGACACAGCCCCAGCAGCAGCUACAAAAGACCCCACAGCAGCAGAAGCCUCAGACCCCUCAACAACAACCUCAGCAACAGAAAUUGCAACAACAGAAAACUCCACAACAACAACAAAUACAGAAAACCCCACAGCAACAACAAAACACACCCCAACAGCAACAACAGAGAAAAACAUCGUUGCCGAACAAAGACAACAACGAAAAACAACAAACGCCUGCUGGUGCUCCAGGAGAACUCAAAACAGAAACACUGGCACCUGCGAAGUCCUCUCCCCAGAUCGGAAAGCAAAAUAGCAGUCAACAACAAAAGUUCCCGCCGCAACAACAAAUGCGGCCAACUGCACAACAGCAGCAGCAACAACACCAGAUGAGCACUCCGUUGAAACCGAUGUCGCAACAGCAGCAGAGCAAUGCUGCCGAAGACGACAACUUGAGCAAAACAAAGCUUUUCAUCGCCACUGUGAAACAAGGCAUCAGCGAUCAGGAAUUCCGGGAACUUUUCACGAAGUUCGGCAAUGUCACAGAUCUGUUUCUGCAUAAACAGAAGUGGUUCGGUCUCGUUACGUUCGAGAAACACGAGGAAGCUGAAGCGGCGCGGAAGCAUUACAUUAAUUCAAACAUCCUCAAAUUGAAAUGGGCUCAAGACAGUAACAAGGAAACGCCGCUCAUUCUCAACCAAACACCGGAUCAGAUUCCCGUGAAGAAAGACUCCAGCUCAAAAUGCCGGUUGUUUAUUGGGAACCUGAUUCCCGACAUCACUGAAGACGGUAUGCGGAACCUCCUGGAACCGUUCGGCAAUCUUGUCGAGUUGUUCGUACCCCCGGGUAAAGGUUUCGCCUUCGCACGGUACGAGACCCGGGCAAACGCCGAAGCUGCCAAAAGUGCCUUGGAUGGCGAGCUAUUCUCAAACCGCCAGUUGCAGGUCCGCUUUGCCAGUCAAGGAGCAGUUUUGAAGGUUCGGAACCUGAGCCCGUUCGUUAGCAACGAACUGCUCCACCAGGCGUUUGAACCGUUUGGUGAGCUCGAGAGAGCGACGGUAUUCGUCGACGAGCGAGGCAAAUCACUAGGAGAAGGCAUCUUGGAGUUCUCCCGGAAACCGGUCGCUCUAGCUGUCAUGCGUAAGGCUCAACUAGAAUGCUUGCUCUUGACAACGUCACCUCUGCCGGUCAUCAUAGAGCCCAUGGAGCUGAAGGAUGAUGAAGACGGAUAUUCGGAGAGGACUAUAAAUAAACAAUCGACUGGAUAUUUGAAAGAGCGCGAGAAAGGACCUCGAUUCGCCGAACGCGGAAGCUUCGAAUCCGAGUUCGCCAUGAAGUGGAAAGAACUUCUCGCCUUAGAAAAACUCAAAAAAGAGCAGCUCGAUAGGGAGAUUCAAUUGGAAAAGCAACGGCUCAUGGAAGAGAUGGAUAUCAUGAAGUACGACUACGACGUCGAAGCGUUGAAACGACGUUUGAAAGCGCUCGAGGCGCGCCACGACGAGUUCGAGAAUAGGAAAAUGGCUGCGGAGAAGAACAACAAGGCACGAGAAGAUGAGCUCCGUCUUCUCCGCAAGAACAUCGCGAAGCGACAAGCUGAGAUUCUCGGCUACACGUACGAGGACGAAGACGCGAAUCAGCCGCCGCCGCCGCAAGCCGUGGAUCAGAAGUGCGCGCCCGCUCCCGAUGCCCACGGUGUUCCCCAACAACUGCUAAGCGGUCACCCCGUCGCGGAUGCGGUACUCGGGGCGGCGCUCCUGCCCCCUCCGGGACCCCCCGGAGAACAACAGCCCUCCGCAAUGGCCGAAAAUUUCCUGAAGAACUGGAACUCGAUCACGAAAGGCGUUCCCGUAGGGCAAGACGACCAGAAUAAGAACGCUCAGCAGCCGCAGCAACCUCAGACGUCGCCGCAGGCAGCGGCGGCAGCCGCGCAUAAGAUGCAAAAUACCAACAUGCCCGCGUAUAUGUCUUAUAUGGGACAAGCGACUAACGGUAAACGUGUCAGCGACAUGAUGCCGCCCGGUCAGAAACGGAGGCGUUUCUAA